GCUUCCGCGUCCGUCCGCGCAGCAAAGCCACACGGCAAAGGCACAGCACGGGGGCAACAUGGACGAUAAGUUAAUUUUGGCUGUAUUUAAUUACCCCGAGCUAUACAAUGCGACUUUACCAAAUUACCGCUGCACACAAAGUCGGGCAAAUGCGUGGAAAAACAUCAGCUUGACACUUGGUCUCCCCACUGAUGAGUGCAAAAGAAAAUGGAAGAACAUGAGAGACCGCUACUUAAAAGAAGUCCGCCUGGAGAUAAAAAGUAAAUCGCUUUUUGGAGAAACUGUUCAAAGCAGAUGGAGAUACAGACAGCUAAUGAAUUUCAUUGCACCCUUUACUGGGUCAAGAAUUGGUCUGACGGACAUGUCUCCAGAGGAUGAGCACGAUAACCAUGACACUGAAUCUGGAAGUGCAGAGGGAGAAACUACACCUACAUCAGAGGUGAUCAAGACCCCACAGUCCUGUACAAAAAAUAAUCAGCUCAAUCAACAUGACAUCAAACCACAGAUUGCAUCUGUUGCUCAUGACGCUCAAAUUGCUCAAUUGGCAGCACUGGCUAAGAUCUCGUCUAGUAUCUCCCCAAUAAUUAAUAAGCCAGGACGGAAACGUCGUUUCACACGUGACAGUUUUCCCAUCACUGAUGCAACAAAUACAAAUGCCACAGAAUUGUCUCCUAAGUGGCUGUUAAAAGACAACAACCUUUCACCAGCAACUACUAGACCUCGGGAUGAAGAUGAACUGUUUUUGCUGAGUUUUGUUCCAGCCCUUAAAAGACUUGCUCCUCAAAAAAGAUGUGAAACUAAAAUAAGGAUUCAGCAAAUAAUGUAUGAAGCAGAAUUCAAUGUGUUUGAAUCAGAGAAACAUUCAGGAGAUGUCCAAGACUAAAAUAACUUCAUAGAAAUCUGUAUUAACAAUGUGUUGAGCAACUUUAUUUACAAUGCAAUGUAUUGAUUUGUAGAGGAUCUUCACAUUUAGUGAAUAGUAUAGUUUACCUUCAUUUAUACAGUAUUUUACAAAAUAUAGUUGUAUACAGUAACCUGGUUUGUAUGGUUUUACACAUUGGAUUUCAAUUUGUCCAUAAAACAAAGAGACUAAUGA